AUGGUCAACUGUUCCCACCGUCUUGAGUUGUGUUCCUUCUUGCUCGGACUUCUGAAUUUCUGUAGAUCAUCUUUUCACGUUCUUUUCACAUUCUUUUCCGUUCGUCUCAUCUGGACGCUUUAUUUCCAAAUCACCACACUCUUUUUUACAAACAUACACCCGCUCGUAGCCGGCCUAGGAACAAUGUUCGCUUCUACCAUCUUUCUCUCUCUCGUCGCCGCCGCCGCGGCCGCUUGCGACGGCACCACCCCCAAGAACAACACCGGCGCCGUUUCCCCCGGUGCCAAGGCCCAGUGCGCCCUCCAGUUUGAUGGCCGCAUCCCCAAGACCUUCAAGGCUGCCGACUUCGACAGCACCUCCAGCCCUUUCAACACCGCCAACGUGUUCGGCAAGGGCCUGAAGUUCAGCGAGAUUGUCCAGCUCCCUGGCGGCAACUCCCUGUUCGAUGUCAACUCCACCCAGCCCUUCGAGGUCACCAUCAACGACAAGUCCAUCUUCGCCCCCAGCGAGACCAAUGUCCAGGUCGGCUUCCGCCGCGCCGAGAUGCUGCCCCUCAGCAACGACGGCAAGGACGCCUCGACCCAGGGCAUCAAGACGCUGCACUUCUCCCUGCAGAAGGAUGCCCAGCGUCCCCUGAACCUGUCCCACGAGUACCAGCUCGUCUUCCUCGAGAGCGCCGACUUCAGCACCAACCAGGUCGUCCUCAAGACCGGUACCAUCCUCGGCCAGAACACCGCCGACCCCGAUACCCUCCAGCUCUUCGGCAACGUCAACUCCAGCCCCGUCCCCGAGCUCUUCAAGACCAAGUUCACUGCCGGUGUCUUCCACAAUUUUGCCAUUAAGCUCGAUUUCACCAAGAACACCACCGAGGUCUUCUACUCCCAGGGCAACUCCGCCCUCAAGUCGACCGGCGCCGCUGUCACCAACAACAUUGCCGGCCAGGGCCAGUACCACUUCGGUAUGCUCAAGAAGCCCGUCAACGGUGGCUCCGACAUCACCAAGAGCGGUGACCAGCCCACCGGCAUCAACGAGGGUAUCAUCUACGGUGGCAUCUUCCAGGAGGACAGCUCCGCUGGCUGCAUCUCCCUCUCCCCCUAA